AUGUCUCAAGCUCAAGACGUUCAACCUCUCGCCGAAGAGGUCAAGAAAUUCCCCUCCUACGAGGCCGCCGCCAAAGCGGCCUGCGCUUGGGUAGAGCAAGGCAAGGUCAAAGUGGAUCGUACCAAACUGCGAAUAUAUCCAAGCAAAGCUGGUCCGGUCAAAGGACGCGUCGCGCUCCUACGCGACAGCGGCAUACUCGAAGAUAUCGUCCGCCUCGACAAUGACGACACAGGCAAAGGCAUCCACUGGAACGCGAAGAACCUCUCCGAUACUUUGAAGAAGUUCGCCGCCUGCGAAGAGCGCACGAUCAAGAUGAAGGAGAACGAGCGUUUGAGCCUGUUCUAUGAUUAUCUGCAGGCUCUCGAGAAUUUGUCCGCUGAGACUAUCUGGGAUUGGUGGAGGACGGGGAAGAAGCCGACACAUGUCGCCGAGGUGGACGCGGGGGUGGAGGCAGAGGCGCAAGAGUAG